UCUAGUCCCGUGUUUUCUAUGUCCAUGGUCACGCAUAAAGCAGGAAUUCGUCAUUCGUCAUAUGUUCUGUCGGUUCUGUCAAAAAAUUAUUUCAGCGUGCAAUCCAAAACAAGACUCAUUUUGUAGUUGUAAAGGUUCGAGGUAGUGGUUUUGACACUUUGAAGGUAAAAAAUCAUCAAUUCCUAAUUACCCGGAAGCGAGAUAGCAGGCCUCAAGUUUCGAGCACUGUUUCGAGUUUGACGGGAAGUUUUUACAAAGUGGCCUUUUGUCGUCUCAACUGAGAAUAUUCGGCAACCGAAAAUCGUGAAUUUUACGCAUGAUAAGAGCCAAAACGUUGUGAAAAUUCUAACCUCAAAUUCCACAGGAGUAUUUGGAGUUUGGAAUUUGACUUUCGGGUUGGUAAAAACAAAGGAGAGCAAUUUUUCGUGUUGAAGUAAUUGAACGGAAAUCUGCUUCGAUAGCAACGUUAAGGAAUUAAGAACUGUGUCAAUUCAUGGCCAGAAUGAACAGAAAACCUAAUAGUGCCACUGCUAGAUUAAAGCAGGAUUACAUGCGACUCAAGAAAGAUCCAGUUCCCUAUGUUCUUGCUGAGCCAGUACCAUCUAAUAUUCUGGAAUGGCAUUACGUUGUGAGAGGGCCGGAAAACACGCCGUAUGAUGGUGGUUUUUAUCAUGGAAAAUUAGUUUUUCCGGGAGAAUUCCCAUUUCAACCACCCAGUAUCUACAUGACUACGCCGAAUGGUAGAUUCAAAGUUAACACUAAACUUUGUCUCUCGAUAUCAGACUUUCAUCCAGACACGUGGAAUCCUGCAUGGAGUGUAUCUACCAUACUCACAGGAUUACUCAGCUUUAUGAUUGAGAACAGUCCAACGUUGGGAAGUAUAACUACAACAGACUAUGAAAAGAGACACUUGGCUGCGCAGAGUUUAGAAUAUAACUUGAGAGAUAAGAUAUUCUGCGAACUAUUCCCGGAAACAGUCGCAGCCAUCAAAGUGGAGCUUGAACGCCGGAAAGAACUGGAAAAGCAAGCCAGGCAUCACUCGACAACGUCUGAAGUUUCGUCCUUGAUUCGAGAUCAGUUUCAAAUCGAUCAAAGUCCCCUGCACAGUGCCAUCACGAACCUUGUCGUUGUCAUCGGCUUCGCAGCUUUUGCCUAUGCAGUGAAGUACGUCUUAAGGAACAUCGCAAUGGAAUAGCAAACUCCUAUUGAAGUGUCAAAUGAUAAAUGAUUGGUCAGUUCUAUUAAUCUAUUCUGAAGCGAAAGGCGAAAGUGACCAGAUGCGUCCUCCAAGGACUAAAUUACAAUAAUAGGUAAAUCGUCAGACUUCCGUCAGCUUUCUCGACUGUCCAGCGAGCAAUUUGUCUCGCCCUUUGCGUAUCGUGAUAGAAAAUUCCAGCACGACGAGAUGUAAAUUUUUGUAUGCCCUUUUUCAUUUUUGUUAUCGUGCUCUAAAAUACGUCAAUUUUGGCUCUUCUCGAUUUAUACACAAUAAGUCUGUCCUUUCAAACUGGUCCAUGUUCCCAUCUGAUUUUACGUUGCUCGAACGCAACACUUUUCUACCUUUUUUUGUAAAGUUUAAUGCUAGAAAGUAAUUAUAAUCACAUGUAGAAUUAUUAAUUUCAUAAUUCUAUGAUAAAGGCAGUAUAUUCAAAGAGAUCUCGAGCUUCCGCCGAUUUUUGGUUCUCGAAUUUCUUUUGGCUUUUUAAUAUAUUGAAUGCAGAUGAGAAUUUGUACAUUUCUUCCCUUUUUACGAGAUUUUCAGGGCUCUGUUAAUACCUAUUCUUCUUACAUUGUCUUAUUUUCUUGAUUCCCAGUUUUGAUUAUUCUCGCUUUAAUUUUUCAUUCAAUUAUACGCACAUUUUAUAAGUAGUUGUCUUAUUUCCGAGGUAGUUCCAGUUUACAAAGUGCCAAUGAAUUUAAUUAAAGAUAGGUAUCUUAUCGGAUUUAUCCAAACUGUAAAAAUAACUUAGUUGGUGAUUAUAGUUGGAAGGACGUGUACAUAAACAAUGAAAUAUCUUUCAAAUGGUUAAAUGAAUGAAUCUUUAAUAAAUCACUUUAGUAAAGUGCAUCGCGUAAAUGCAAUUUGUGUACUGAAAAAAAAGUUUAAGAAUAUCCUUCCGUUUCGCGUUUACAUUCUUAUUUCUUUUUCAAUUCAUUAUGUAUUUAUAGUAUAAGAGAUUCGAUUUGUCAACUUUUCUACGUACUAAACUUGUUUAUCUCUUUCAUUCAAAAAUUGUUCUCUUAUAUUAAGAACUCGCUUUUGCAAAUACAAUCUGAGGAGAUUUAAUUCGAGUAAAUAUCACUCUUGAAAGACAAUUUUAUUUCUAAAGAGAGAUAAUAUUUUUCAAGCUUGGAUGGUUCUAGAAUAUUUAUAUAUUAUAUAUCUGUACUUUUUGACUGAGUAAUUGUAGUGAGCUGAUAAUAAGUAUUCUUUAGAGAGAGAUAUUCACUGGGCCUUAAAUUCCUCACUUAAGCCAAUUAGUCUGAUUGAAAAUCGUUUGAGCUUCUUAAUUGACUUUAUUGAUAAAGUUAGUCAUUAGCGUAAAAUUCGGAAAAGAAGAAAAAAAAUUUCCCAUGUUAACUAGUUGACUAUUUUUUUUUCAUGAAAUACAUCUCACUUUUUCUGGUGCAAAAAUUGAUUCAGAAUUGAAAAAAAAGCAUAUCAGGCCAAAAUUCAGUGUAAUGGAAUUACGAAGUAGAAAAAACGUACAAAAUUCUAUUAAGCCGAAGCUUCCUUUCAGUUAAAUUUUUCCUUUAAAAAUCAAUAGUUUCAAGAUAAUUCUGCAUCAGAAAAAAAUAGAGGAGACAAAAUUAUAGAUUAAGAAACAAAAAAUCGUAUGUUAUCAAAUAUGAGAGUUUUUAAUUUUAAGCUUUGUUUUCUAAAAGUGUAUGAAAUCUCAACGCCUACGAGUGAAGAGUAGUUUUCCAAAUUACCUUUUGUUUAAUAUUAUAAAUUUCGGUUUUUUUUAAAUUUUGAAAUUCGGUGAAGUAUUUUAAAUAAAUUUUUGGACAUAAAUAUUUGGAAAAUUACACUUCAGACAUUUUAUGAAAUAUGAAAAAUUCGUAUGUAUAAAAUAUAUAUAUUAUACAUAAAUGCGUUUUAAUUUACUGUGCGAUGUAAAUAGCAGGUUUACGCUACUGCGGUAAACCUACAAAAUUCAUUUAUUUGCUUAUAAUAUAUUAAUAAUUUAUUCUGA